GCUUGGCCUCCACAGCAGUAAGUCUAGUUGCCUCUGCCGCAGGCACAGUGUUCACAGAAAGAAAAAAACAUCAGAGAGAAGCAGGAUGAGGAGCUUUUUUCUCCUUCUCUUGGUUGCAUUGGAAUCCUUGGGAGAAAGCAAAGAGGGCAAUGAGCGGCAAAGACGAGCCAAACGGGAAUUCUUGUCACGUUCCAAAAGAAGAUGGGUCCUGUCUACCAUAGAACUAGAAGAGGAAAUGGACGUGAAAUAUCCAUACAAAAUUUCCACAAUGUACAAUGACAAGACAGCAAAUGUACAACAUGAGUUUCAAAUAACUGUAGACAAUGAGCCCGAAGGACUGUUCACCAUUGAUAAAACAACUGGAGACGUCUUUGUACAUAGGCGCCUCGACAGGGAAAAGAAGAAAUCCUAUCACAUCACAUUUGAUGUCUGGGACUUAACAGCAGGAAAAAAAAUUGACAAAGAACUGUCUUUUGAUGUGGACCUAAUUGACAUAAACGACAACGCACCGAGGUUCACUAAUCAGUUUAAGAAAAGUUACGAAGUGAUGGAAAAUAUGAAAGUAGGAGAAUACCUGCCAGUGAUCAUGAACGUUGUAGACGACGAUGAGCCAGGCACAAUUAACUCAACAGUAGUGGUCACUGUGGGUAAACAAAUCCCACCUGAACCAAAGAUUGGAGUAAAGAGAAUUGAUGACCGACUACAUCAACUUGUAUCUGAAGGAUGCUUUGACUAUGAUAAAGCAAAAGAGUAUUCAGUUGUAAUUAGUGCAUCUGAUCGUGGAAAGCCGCCCCUUUCCAGAAGUGUGACUGUUACACUCAAUGUUAUUGACACAAACAGCCAUCGACCCACGUUUAAGAAGAGACAGUAUGAAGCUGAGGCUGUGGAAAUGCAAACCCCUGAUGAUAUUUUAAGAGUUGCAGUAGAGGAUAAGGACACUCCCAACACUGACGGAUGGCGAGCCAAGUACUCCAUUAUCAGCGGCAAUGAAGAUAACAUGUACAAAAUUACCACUGACCCUAUAACAAAUGAAGGGAUUCUUGGUGUUGUCAAGGCGAAGAAUUUUGACAUAACUACUUUGGUAAAGCUGCAAAUCACAGUUGAGAAUAUUGAACCUCUAAAAGUCUGUAAAGAUGGAAAAUUAAUUGAAGAUUUAAGCAACCUUCCACCAAAAGAUUCUGUCAACAUCACAGUGAAAAUGGUUGACACUAAUGACGCUCCGGUGUUUGAAAAAUAUACAGAAGAGGUAUACCAGACAGAGGAAUCAGAGAAAGGACAGGUGCUGUAUACACCUAAGGUUAAAGAUGUUGACUCCUCUCACAUCAGGUUUGAACUGUUAGAAGACCCUGCUAAAUGGGUGACUAUUGAUGAAAAAACAGGAGCAAUCACAACAAUCGAGAAGAUGGAUAGAGAAUCACCUUAUGUAGACGAGAACAAUAUUUACAGAAUUGUUAUUGCUGCCAUAGAUGAUGGUUCACCUCCAGCCACAAGUACAUGCACAGUCAGUGUCCACCUCAGGGAUAUCAAUGAUAACACUCCUGCGCUGCUCAACAAUACUGCCUUUUUGUGUUCAAACCAUGCUGACAAGGAGGUCAUGGUGCGUGCUAAAGAUGCUGAUGCUGAGCCAUUCAGUGGGCCCUUCAGUUUCUCCUUGGCAAAUGAUAAAACUGUGAAAGAACGCUGGAAAAUAGAACCUGAAUAUGGUGAAGAAGUUACCAUUAGAUUGCUGACAAAACUUCCCAACGGUAACUACUCUGUGCCACUGGUGAUUCAGGACAAGCAGAAUCAACCUGCAAAGCAGAGUUUAUCUGUCGUGCUGUGUGACUGUAUCAAACCCGGUGUGUGCGCUGGACCAAAGCCUCUGUCAACUGGCAUUGGUAUUGCUGCCAUAGGACUAAUUAUUGCAGCACUGCUUGUUUUUCUGUUGUUGCUCCUUCUUUUGACGAACAAACAAAAACCAGUUAUAGUCCCUGAUAUUGCUGAUGAAUACAAUCAAACCUUGAUCAAGUACAAUGACGAAGGACUGGGCAAUGAUUGCAAGGCUGAGCCCACAUUGUUAGCAUCAAAGACUACGGAGAGUAUGAAAGACGACAGGCUGGGCUACAUGCAGAACACUGAGGCUUCCCCAGGAACGGUCAAAAAUGUUGACACAUACCACACAAUAGUGACCACAAACAUGAACACAUGGAACACUCAGCAGCAGGGAGGCUUCCACAGAAGCAUGAAGGGGGAUUCCAGACGCUCACUAAGGUCAAGCAACAGGAGAGGCACAGUUCAGAGCAACUACUCCUUUAACCGUUCUUUAAGUACCUGGUCAGAUGAUCGUUUGAGCAGUCAACUGGGCAGGAGUCUUUCAGUGACUUAUCAUAACGAAAUGAAUAGCUCAGAUUACCUUGUCAAGAUUUAUCAUCAUGAGGGGAAUGGCAACAGUUGUAUGUCACUGGAAGAUCUGUCAUCUGACUACAGAGAGGAUGAUUUAAGCUUUUUGAAUGAUCUCGGACCACAGUUCAAGACCUUGGAAAAGAUCAUUAGGGCAGAAAAGUCUGAAGUUCGUGAAGCAGAGAAGUCUGAAAUUUGAAAGAAUGCUGGACUCAAACAUUCAUCCCAAUUAAAUCUCUCAUGCCCUCUAGAUUGGUGUUAAAAAUGGACAGAAGAGGAUGUUUUCAUAGUUGCAUCAACAUAAUAGCUGAAUUUUGUACAUAGUGUACAUAUACAUACAUACACAUUAUGCACCUUUAAAGUGAAGUACCGCACACUUGGAUUUGAACACUACAAAGAGAUUGUGUGGUAAAGCAGCUGCAGUUUGCUUGCUGCUGUAUGAAAAGUUGCUUUUUGCUAGAAAUUGGAUGUUCUUGUUUGUGUCUUACUUUGUUAAAGCGAGCAAAAUUGGCUCAAUUUUGACAACUAACAUAUGAAUACUUGUGGACAUUGGGGGUUUUAAAAAUUAUUUGUACUAUAUAUAAACUUUUUGUAAAGGGUCCUUUAUGAGGAUGAACAAAAAAACUGGGUAAAGUGAGUAAUACUUUUUUUAUUAUUAUUCAUUUAUGCAAUGGUGAGGCUCUAGUGGGAAAAUAGUGCUGACAAAAUGUAAUUUUCUGCUUGUUUUGUGGUAUGAGCUGUUUAGAUUGUUCUCUUUUUUUAAGGAAAACUACAUGUAUUGUUUUAUUGACAUUGUUUAACAUUACAAAGAAAUAUCCCCAGCAACAGAAUGUGAAUGUGUUAAGCUUUUUCUCCAGUUUCCAUCUGAACAAUAAAAUCAUUUUAAUUGG